ACUGCAUGUUAUUUGACUUCCUCGUUCCACAAACUUUGGACUUAACCGGCACGUCCGAACGAGACGACACAUUAUUCCGUUUGUUUUAUCUGCGUAUACUUUCCGUCAGACAUUGAAACAAAUCUCCCUUCUAUUGACACGACUUGCUUCCAACUCUUGGAAUAUGUCGGACAACAAGGAGAACAACGACGACGAACAACAACUUCAAGGUGCCGUGGGUGGGGAAGAUGUCAUUGAUGAUCCCAUUCUAGAGCAAGGAGCAAUUGUCCUCAGAGGGUAUGUGAUUGAGCGUAUAAACACAGAAGACCCCAGUCGACAUAUUACAUCUGAGGAUUUAGGUGGACGAUUAAAUGAACAACAAGAACCACAAAUCAAAGAAGUUGUGGAACAGCUACUUAAGAUUGCCGAUGAGUUGAACAGGAAUGCUGAACUCCAACGACUAAUAAACCAAGUUCAAGGAAACUGCGCUCAGGAUGUUUUCAUGAAGGUGGCCAGGAACAUCUUUGCUGAUGGCAUCAACUGGGGUCGAGUUGUGGCUCUCUUCCAUCUCGCAUACAGACUCAUAUACAAGGCCCUGACCACGAAUCAUCUAGAGAACAUCAGGAUCAUAAUUAGCUGGGUUCUACAGGUUGUCAGAGAGCAACUCUACUAUUGGCUUGUCCAGCAGGGAGGCUGGGAAGGUGUAAUCCAUGGAUGGUCUCGCUGGAAGAAAUUCACCUUAGUGGCAUCAGUGAUUUUGGUGGCCACCUUUGUUUAUUACAGGAGGACACGCUGACCAUCGGCUGUCACAAUCUCAUAAUGCUUCGGUUAAGAACUACCGUCGAUGCAAUCAUCACUUUCAUUUGUUGAUAUCAAAUAUUUUUUUUUUUUUAAGGAAAUAAACAACUGUCAACCCAAGACAGAUUCACGCCAAGGAUUAAAACCACAGAAGGUCAAAUAGAAAUGGAUGUAAACUGUCCUAUGGACAUUUGUUGUCAGAGUUAGUUUGGGGUUGCCACUGCACUUUUCCAGACAGAUGGCCGUAAUGGGAUUCAAUAGAUUACAAAUCUAAUAACUGCUGAAUAUGUCACGAGUGUGUUUCAAGUUUUUCGGAGUCUGAUGUCAUUUGUAAUUGUUAUUUUUUUUUGUUUGGUUAUGCAAGAUGAUCUGUAUUUUUCUUGAUAUUAAAUGUGACUCACUUGUUUCCUCCA